GGCCAUCGGGAGCGUUGAGCGCGGGGUGACGCUCCGCGACUGGCUGGAAGUUCCCGCUGCAGAAGGACCACCGCCCCGACCCACCAUGGCCGACGAAAUCGACUUCACCACCGGAGACGCCGGGGCUUCCAGCACGUACCCGAUGCAGUGCUCGGCCCUGCGCAAGAACGGCUUCGUGGUGCUCAAGGGCCGGCCCUGCAAGAUCGUGGAAAUGUCAACUUCGAAGACGGGCAAGCAUGGCCAUGCCAAGGUUCACCUGGUUGGAAUUGAUAUUUUCACGGGCAAAAAAUAUGAAGAUAUUUGCCCUUCUACUCACAACAUGGAUGUUCCAAAUAUCAAGAGAAAUGACUAUCAACUGAUUUGCAUUCAGGAUGGUUACCUAUCCCUACUGACAGAAACUGGUGAAGUUCGUGAGGAUCUUAAGGUUCCAGAAGGUGAACUGGGCAAAGAAAUCGAAGGAAAAUACAAUGCGGGUGAAGACGUGCAGGUCUCUGUCAUGUGUGCAAUGAGUGAAGAGUGUGCUGUAGCCAUAAAGCCCUGCAAAUAAAGGAACCCUCAGGCUCGAGCAGACCGCUCAGGGCUGGCUAACCCAGGUCUUCCCUUCGGUUCUUACUGUCACCAAAGCUCUGGCCUUCCCAGCAGUCUCAUGCCUUUUGUUGGUUUGAGUUUUUUUGUUUUGUUUUGUUUUGUUUUUUCAGAAUAGUACUGGAUUCUAGAUUAGUUUUGAAGACAACUGGCAAUUUAAAAAAAAUCGCUUAGAUUUGUAAUUCUCCACAUAUUUUGUAGAUCUGUUUCAUUCAGCAUUCCUGAUAGCUGUUAGUUUAUGGGUCCAAGAAACUCAGUAAGAUUCUUUUCAGCAGGCAUGUUAUAAUUUGCUUGAGCAAAUAGUUUGAGCUUUAGUUUGAUGGAAGAUAAACCAAGGUUAUAAAUGAAAUAUUGUAGUUUUGAAAUAUCAGAUGUUGGUGAAAUUAAUGCAGCCUAAUUCCAGACUUAUUAACUUAAAAUAAGAAAGUCUUACGGAAUGAAAUAAUCACAGUUUAGAACCAUGUGUGUCAAGCACAGUUAUUAAGAGACAAAAAAAUACAGUGAUUCCAAAUUGCCGGUUGCCUUUCAAAAGUUCAAAUGGCCAUGUGCAACUAACUGUAUUACCUCUGUACUACUCUUCUUUGUCACCUUUUUGGCCUACUUCUUAUAAUCCUACUUUGUUGUGUCAAAGCCCUGCUUAUGGUCAAGGAGGCACAUUCAGAAUGUUGGGUAAAUGUUGUUACAAAGCUGGGUUAUAAAAGGGGGCGGAGGGAGUAAAUUAAAGCUGGAGAUUUUCACACGAGGCCUUUGUCUUCAGAAUGAAAAGUAGAAAAAUGCCAUUAGAGUUGGCUUUUUCUUUUAGCUCUCUUUUUCUGGAAAUGUUAUUAAAAGGGGCAACCAGCUCCCUAAGAUAAUGUUUGCAGAACUCAUGCGUUCAGUAAAUGCUUGGCUUCUAACAGAAUUUUGGGCACUUUAAAACAGAAUUUUGGGCAUGGUAACUUUUGUCAAACAAGAUGCCAGAACUUGUUUUAAACUUAAUAUGAAAAAAUUGAUUGUCUUCUGCUACUGACAUUUUGCACAUUUCUCCAAACAAAAUUAGAUUCAUGGAUCAAAUAUAGAUUUGCCUAUGUUAAUUUUUUAAUGCAGUCAUACCAUAUAUGUUCUAGUUUGCUGUCAUCUACCACUUCUGUAGUGACUUUUUUUUUUUACUGAAUGUUGUGUGAUUUAACUCAGAAACAGGUCAAAAACCUAACUAGAAAAGAGCUGUAGGACCAGAACAGCGGUUUAGCUUGAGGUAAGAUGAUUACCUUGUGCCCCAUUUUCCAUAGUGUCCAUUGGUUUAGUCUUGGACUUGUUGCCAGCAUUUGGGACUCUUUUUAGAGAUGAUGGGGGAGGGAGGCCAGGGGAAUUAAAUUCACGAGUGAUUUGUGAAUCAGAGUUCAUCUUCCAGACUGAUUCUGUGACAUCCCUCCUCUCCUGUGCCCUCAUUCUGUCCUCACCUUCUUCCUCCCCUCAAAAACCCUGUUUUUGUCCUUUAGCAUCUGUGUAGGCUCUGCUGCUGCUUCAUCUGACCCAAGAAACUUGGGGGGGAAAGCACCAAGAUUCCAUUUCAGAUGCAGUUAUUUUCCAAAUUGUUUGAGGCAUGUAAUUUCCAUUUCACUUGCUCCAUUUUGCAUAUUUUUAAGAAAUCCUCUUCAUGAAUUCUGCCCAUCCAUUUCAAGACACAGCAAACAGAAAGUUAGCAGACGUGCAGAGAAGGAACCUGGAUGGCCCAAGGAAUCUUGAACCUUGUGGCCAAAACCAUACAGGAGCUUCAGUUUUGUUUCUCUGGCCAGGGCACAGCUAAGUGUUGCUGCUUAAUUCUUCCUGGUGUUGUUUUCAGCACUUCAACAGCCACUCCGUGCUUCUGUCUACAACUUUAUGAAUUUGCAGCUAGUUCACUGUAGAGAAAACUGGUAAGUGAUCAAACAUGCUCAGUCAGUGUAGAAAAUCAGCUAGUUUAGCACAAAUUCUAAGCUGGCAUGCCCUAGUUUUUUCUGACAUGUUAAACUUCACCUCGGUAUAUUUCUAAUGGCAAUGUAAGGGUGAAAAAGUCACACCCCCCUGUAUUCCUAACUUAGUGUCUUGAAUGGCAAAAGCUCUAUUUAUACAGCUAAUAUUUAGUUUUUAAUAUAAUACUUCCUUGAAGUAUUCUCUCUAAAAAUACUUUUUACUGUUUUGUGUAUAAUCUGUGUGGCUGUUUUGAAGACAUUAGGACCAUCUAUUUCCAUGUAUCCCUUGAUAGAGAAGAGACUCUAUAAAGUAGGUAUUUCAUUAUUUGAUGAAGUUGCCUCUGUUUGAAAGAGGGCAGGGACCAUGAUUUUUAACUGAAGGAGCAGAAAUGAUUGUCUUUCUUUGAAAUGAGAAAUAUAUUGAUGAUAGUUCUUAAUUCUGCUUAGUAUUGUUGCAGUACUGGCAGCAUAUGGUUAAAAAUCUCAUUUUCCCACGUGCAGAAUAUCAAACACCAUGUUGACAGUUUACACAGUGUGUGGUAUAGCCUGUGUGUCUCUAGAUAUUUUAUCAGUUUGUUUUACAGUAUUAACCAGUGAGCUCAAUAAAUUUAAGGUGAAUGUUUCCUCAUGUAGCAAACUAGGUGAUAACUUUUUUUAAUCAUACUUUAUUUUUUGCUUAAAAUUUUUGUAGGAUUACCUGUGGAGCCGUUGAAACUAUUGCUAUCCAAUGUAGCAUUUGCAUCAUAAAUAUAAUUGUGAUGCCUCUUUCUCCCACUCCCAAGAGCAUCAUCAAAUCCAAGAUUGUUACUAACACAACAUUCUUUUUUUCAUUUGUAGCACUAAUUUUUAAAUGAACACCCUACACUCCCAAUCAACUGUUGUUGCCAGGGCGCAGUGUCAAUAAAACGUUAAUAGAUGCUGUAAUAAAGCAAAAUUGUGUAGGCUAUAAAGUUAUGGAUAUAUUGUCCUUUUGAAAGUUGCCAUUUUUAUGGCCCAAUAUAUGUGUGUAGAUACAUUCACACACAUAGCCUUGUGUAUUUUGUUCUUUUUGAAGUUUUUCCAACUCUCUAAAGUACUGUAGUCUGUUAGUGCCUCAAUGUUGGUAAAUUCUCCUUUGUAGCCUUUCCAGUCCUUGUCUGUGUUUUGGAUCUUGAUGGUUUCUCAACUGGAAUAUUUCUAGUUGGAGCGUAUUUGGAAUGCAUUGUUCUCAGGGCUCUUUUGGCUAAGUUGAAAUUAGCUGAUGGUUAGUUAUUUUAUAGUAACUGCAGGUACAUUGCAGAAUCUCCCUAAAUCAAAAUCUCUUUUGUGUGUUCAUGGUGUGCUGUAACUAUUUGACCUUAGGAAGGAAUCCCAUUUGGGAUGGUGGCAGUCACUGCAUUGGAACCUCAUCUCUAGAAUGGAAUUCGAUACAUGGGGAUUCUGCCUUGGAUCCUCUCCAAGGAAGUUUACUUAGUACCGAGAGCACUUAAUUAUGAGGGAGAUCCAUCUGUAGUAUAGAUUCCAAAGCUCUUGUGUUGAGUGACUUUGAGAUUAGAGCUGUUGGAUUGAGGGGUGAUUUAGAAAGCAGCCUCUAAAUUUAGCUUGUUCUUCUGAGGAUAAGUAAGACAAUAGCUUUAUCCUUCAGUACUUUUAGGAGAUACUUAUAACCUAUCAAGGCAAAUUUAAGUGCCUCAAAAAUGCUGUGCUUUCUAAUGAGCACGUUUCCCAUCGUGUGGAGGAUGCACAUAGCUCAGAGCUGUACUAGAAAUGAAAGUUCUCUCACUCACACAAAGUUCCCAAAGCUUUGCUUUCAUAUUGGGGAGCUUAGAUCUCAGGCAGAUUUUUGAGGGCAUCACUGGGAAUAUCAAGUAUGGGGACUGCCUUGCCUUAUAAAGCUAUCAAGUUCAUUCAUGAAUUCUCUUGUUAACAACUAUGUUUGGGGCUGCUAAGGGUGGUUCUGUGGGUUGUGGUUAAUAUCCAUCAUAAAUAAGAUGCACUCAGGUUAAGAACAGAAUGCUUGCUAUAAAUCUGUACUAAUAAGAUAGCUUCGUGCUUGAAAAUUAUUCAUUCUGUUUCAUCAUGUAUUCAUAAAUGUAAUUUGCAGAGAGCCAGAAGGAGAUACUAGUUAAAAGGACUGAAUAAAUACAGUAACAUUUUGCUAGUAACAAACAGUUGUUUGUCUUAGAAGAAAUGAAUCUUGGCUUUGAACUGGAUACAUCAGUGUGCUUUAGAUACAUCCUAAGAUGCUUUCAGUAUCACAAGGUCAUCAGGACGAAGAUCAUAAUUGUACAUUUUACGUUUCACCAAUAAUUGCAAAUGUUAGUGUUUUCGUUAAACUCACAAAAAAUUGUUGAAAUCCUUUGAAAUAUAGGUGGUGAACUCAUUAACUAUCAUUUUAUAUCUAUACUGU